AUCCCUCCCUAAAUCCUCCAACCAAACACAACAUUAGGGUUUGGCCAGACGAAACGAAGAUGGACGAAGAUGCAAGUUAUUGCGAAUUCGGAAUGGUGGUGGUUUUGAACUGGCCUCCAAUGUUUGAGUUUGAGUACUGGCAAACGAUUAAUCAAGCGUCACUUAUAAGUGAUUUGCGCCUGGCUUGCAAGAAGGGCGAUUUGCAAUUGGUGGAGAGGUUGAUUCGAAGGAACAGGAAAUUGUGUUUGACAGAGAACUGCUCUGGGAAGACAGAUCUCCAUAUUUUUUGCGGUGAAUCGCAAAGUAGGUGUAAUACAUCUGAUUCUCAGAUAUUACAAUGAGCCUGGGGUCACUGCAACAAUAAUGGAGGCUUGUCUUCACGUGGCUGUCAAGCCUAACCAGAUCGACGUUCUUAUCCACCUGUUAAAGUGGGUCACUGGAGAAAGGCCCGACUUACUCCAUGUAUUUGCUUUCAAAGAUUAUAGAGGAAUAACUGUUCUGGAAUUACUCCAGGUAUUUGCUUCCAAAGGUUAUAGAGGAAUAACUAUUCUGGAAUUACUCCAGGAAUUGAAUGGGCUUUUGAUAUGGAACUAUAAAUUCGCCAAUUUGCUCCUGGCUUGCAAGAUGGGGGAUUUGGAAAUGGUGGAGGAGUUGAUUAUAGAGAAUAGGAUAUUGUGUUUUGAGAAGGACGGGUUUGGGAAGACGGCUCUCCAUAUUGCUGCGGAGAACGGCAAAGUAGAUGCUUUGAGAGUAUUUCUUCCGUUGAACUCUGAUGGUUCUGUGGCUGUAGAUAUCUCUUAUGACCCAUCUUAUUUAAGUUUUCUUGGGAUCUGUUCGGAACCUAAACCUAUGAUAACCUGGGAUUUAAUCAUGCACACUGGUGAUUAUAGUCAGAGAGGGUUGUCCAACGGCUCAAGGGAUCUGACGGAAGAGAAAAUCAAGCAAAAUGAUAAUUGUAGUCCUAGAGGGUUGUCCAAUGGCUCAAGGGAUUUGAAAGAAGAAAAAAUCAAGCACAAUGAUAAUUGUAGUCCUACAGGGUUGCCCAACAUACAAAUAAUCGAGCCCAAUGAUGAUUAUAGUCGUAGAGGGUUGCUCAAUUGGUCAUCCAAUAGAAGCAUUGUUGAGCCCUCUGUUCGAUUCAGAACUGGUUUGCUACUGAUAGCCGCACUGACCGCAGCAACAACCUUCCAAGUACCUUUUCACUUCCUUGGCAGCACUUCCAAAGAGGGCUAUGAACAACAUUCAAUCAUGCGUAGCUUGAUCAUCUUGUGUAAUUCCCUGGUGUUCAUUGCAUCAAUGGGUGUUAUUACAUACCUCCUGCAUGAAUUCCCACUAAAGCCAUUGCCUCAUAGCUUAAUUUUGGCACUAUUUGGUUGUUAUAUGCUCUCAUUAAAUGCAAUCAUACCGAAUGGAGCUCUGGCGCUGUUCUUCAUAUCAAUUCCCAUUUUGUUGGUUGGCAUCUGCAGGGAAGCUUUAUGGCUUUUCAAACCAAAGACUCACUUGAGCACGUCAGGUGAUGUUAGUUCUUGUUGAUCAUGUUUUCUUUGGGUUGAAACAUCUGGUGCUUCAACUUAAGUUACGUGUUGAAUCAUUAAAUAAAUUAAAAAUAUACAUACAUAUAUAUAUAUAUAUGUACAUGUAUGUGUGCAAUAAUGGCAAUACAGGCAGUGGAGCGACCCAUAUGUUUUCCUCGUGGUUUGUUUUGCUUGCCUUUUGUUGGGUAUUGGCAGGAAAACUGUAGUGCGUAUGUGCACCUUUGCUUGGAGUUAGGUCUAUUCUUAAUUUCUAGUAAUGCAUAAUGUACAACUUUAAGCUUCUUGAA